CUUUCCCCUUGCCUCCCGGCAGCCACUGGCAGUCACAUGCAGGCCGCCACCGCCGAGCCACACGACCGGAGACGCGUCAGCGCGGCGCUGGGCUGCACCUCACAGAUGGCGAAGGCGAACGACAACCUGCUGCUGGUGCGCUGGGACCAGCACGAGGCGCAGCUGCUGGAGCGGCUCUGCGGGUACUUCACAGAGAACGCGUUCGUCGACGUGACGCUGUGGUGUCCGGACCGCCGCUUCAAGGCCCACCGCGUCCUGCUCUCCGCAUGCAGCGAUUACCUGGAGCGCGUGCUGCUGGAGCAGCCGAGCUGCGGCGCGGAGCCGGUUACGGUGGUGCUGCACGGCGUGGAGCCGGACGACCUGGGCCGCCUGCUGGACCUCAUCUACAGGGGAGAGGCGCGCGUCUCGGCCGGCGACCUGCCGCGCUUCCUGGAGACGGCGGCGGCUCUGGGCGUGCGCCUGCUGCAGUCGGCCGCGCUGCGCGUCUGCGCCGCCGAGCCCGACGCCGCCGCCGCCGCCGCCGACUCCGCCACGGGCCGGUGCUCGCGGCCCUCCACCGCUGACAAGCAGGAGCAAUGUGUCGAAGGAAAAUCCCAGGCCGACAGUCACCAGUCGUCAGGAAAUGUCACCAACAUGAUACCACCAGCUGUGACGGCGUCGAUUACACCUUUCCUAACUGAAAAACCAUCUGCGACCGUAGACCACCAGCUUACGGAGUCGAAAGUGCAUUUUCCGUCGACGAAGAGCGCAGAACAACGUCCAUAUAGCCCGAAGAAUCCCCUGGAAUGUGCAGAGACACUGACUCCACUGCCUUCCCGGGACUCCAUCACGCAGACGGCACAGCAGUGUGACGUAACCAUACCGCAAGUAGAACGCGAGCAGACCACGACGACGUGGAGUACUCCGACAGCGGUGGCCCUGCCGCUGCAGCAACCGACGAUGGACGUGAAGAGCCCGCCGCGGCCGCUGGCUCUGCCGCCGGCUCAGCCCCCGCUGCCGCCCGCUUGCGAGGUCUCCGCCGGAGUCCGGCCGGAUUCGCAGGCUGCGGCGGCACCUGCCUCCCAGGCCGGCGGCGUCAGCGCCAGCACCGGCUACUGCACAGCGGGCGCACCGCCCAACGUGUGGCAGGUGCCGCCCUCGCUCCCACCGCUGCAGGUGGCGGGUAGAGUGCCGCUGUGCACAGGGACGGGCCCGUGGGUGGCGGCGGGAGCGCACCGCCGGUCUCCGGCCGCCGGGCAGACGGGCGCCGGCUGGGCGGUGCCCGUGUCCGCCGUGCCCGCGCUCGCCGACUCGGCGCGCCAGCCGCCCUGCUCCGUCUCUGACAGCGCCUUCUCACCGCAGGCCGGCCGCCAGCUGCAGCAGCACCAACCGGAGAUGUCGAGCGGGCCCGACAGCUUCUCCAGCCUGCUGCGCGACGCCGAGCUGCCCGCCGAGCGCCUCUUCCCUCUCAGGGAAAUGCCGCCCCUCCCCUGUCCGGAGGCUGUCUCCAUGCCGCAUUCGGGAUCACCUCUGCAGGGACCGUCACAGUCGGACGACAGACAUCACGAAAUGAAGACCGAACGUAAGGCCGAAGACCAGAUGAUCGCAAAAAAUGAGACCCAACAACAGGCAGAUAACAACCAGCAACAGACAGAAGAACAGAAACUGAAGCAACGCAGCAAACCGAACACGUGCGCAGAGUGUGGCAAAACUUUCGCCACGCGCUACUCUCUCAAGGAGCACAUGCGCACACAUACAGGAGAAAAGCCCCACCUGUGUGCACAGUGCGGGAAGCGCUUCAGCCAGCGGCGUAAUUACCGCUACCACCUGUCGCUGCACUCCGGGUCGCGGGAGUUCGCGGCCGAGUGCCCCGAGUGCGGCAAGACGUUCAGCAACCGCAGCUACCUCAGCUCCCACAUGAAGAUCCACCGCAACCAGCGCGAGUACGCGUGCGCCGAGUGCGGCAGGCGCUUCAACCAGCGCGUCGCCUACAACAUGCAUAUCCGCAUCCACUCAGGAGACAGGCCACACCGCUGCACCGUCUGUGACAAGGCCUUCUCCCGCAAAGUGCUGCUCAAGCAGCACAUGCGCACCCACACGGGUGAGAAGCCCUUCACCUGUCAGGUGUGUGACAAACAGUUCGCGGACCGCAGCAACAUGGCGCUACACGCGCGCUCACACUGGGGUAUCAAGCCGUACCACUGCCAUCAUUGCGGCCGCUCCUUCUCGCGGAGGAACAAUCUACGCUCUCACAUGGUCAGCCACAUGCCUGGAGUCGAACUGGGGACCGCCCAGUACUCGCCCACUGCACCGGGAGCGCCUGCGCCGCAGCAGCGCAGGGUGCAGUCAGCGGCGUUGCGAUCCACCAGCGUCAUCAUCAGAACCGCUACGGCCACACGUGGAGCUAAAGCCAGCCCAGGCGAUGGCCGGGCCUCUACAGGCACAUAAGGGAACUGGUAUGGUCGGGCUGCUGGCAGCAUGCCUUCACUAAAAUAUAGGGUAACAUCUGUCGGCCCAAGACAGAGGAACAUCGUAGAUGUUUCAUAAGAUUACGUGGAGACUGCACGCAUGUUGCAGUUAAGCUCCGAGAACUAGUAAUUCCUUCCUAAUGGAUAACGUGGAAGAAGAAGAAAUGAGAAGUUUGUAUAUACACGACGAUACCGAAAGAGCAUAAGGGAGAUACACUGUAAGUAUCUAAUAAUAUGUAACGCGUCGGUAGAGUAAAUAUUGCUUGUAGAGACAUAUCUGUAUUUACUGUCAGACGCACACCAGGUGCAACAGAUAAGUUGGAAACAAACAAAAUUCCUGAAGUGCAUAAGGAUUAGCAGAGACAGGGGCAAUCAUAAGUGAUCGAGAAGCUUAAACGCUACAAAACUAAUAACUUUUUGGUGCACUAAUGGAACAGCAGCAGUUUCCCGAGUCCUACCUCAGUUUUUAUAACGUCUGACUACGAAUUGAUUAGUAUUCUUGACAAGUGACCAAAGAGAAGAAAACUACACUGAUGGCUGAAGUAAAAAGAAAUAAAGACAAUAAUGUUAGACACCCCAAAAUGUGUUUCUUAAAUUAUGAAAUUAUUUAUAUUAAAAUAACUGUGUAUAUAGUAAAUUAAACAAAUAAUGAUGUUUUAUUU